AUGGCACUAUACAAGCAGCGUCUCACUGCUCUGCUGCUCCUGCAGCUAAACCUGCUUGUGAGAGUUGGAACUGAGACAACGACUUCUAACAAUCAGAGCUGCCCUGCCUGUGCCGGGGUCCCAGGGACUCCUGGGCACAAUGGUCUUCCUGGCAUAGAUGGGAGAGAUGGGAAAGAUGGGAGGGAUGGAGCUGUUGGACCAAAAGGAGACAAAGGUGACCCAGGAAUUGGUGUGCAAGGACCUCCAGGUGAGCCAGGCCCUGCAGGUCCAAUAGGACCCAAAGGGGAAACAGGAGAGCCAGGUACAACAGGAACUGUUGUUAAUGAGAGUUUGAUCACAUCUCUUCAGUCAGAAGUCAUGAGCCUUAGAGCCAGGCUGUCCCUGAUCGAGAAAGCUGCAAAUUUCCGCACUUUCCGUAAAGUUGGACAGAAAUACUAUGUGACUGAUGGACUGAGUAUGAGUUUUGAUGAAGGUGUGAAGUUCUGUAGAGAUACUGGUGGAAAAAUGGUCUUACCUAGAAAUGAAGAGGAAAACCAAGCAUUAUCUCAAGUUAUGACCACCAUUGGUUCUUCUCAUGCAUUCAUUGGAGCAACAGACAGGCAACAUGAGGGGAGAUUUGUUGAUAUGGAAAACCAGCCAUUGACCUUCUUCAAAUGGGGUAGCAAUGAACCCGGCAAUAUUGACGGAAUAGAAGAUUGCGUUGUUGUUAUCCCUGCUGCAUCAUGGCAUGAUGUUAGUUGUGAUUCACCCCGUUUUGUUAUAUGUGAAUUAACCAUCUCUUAA